AUGUCCUCAACAAAUCAAAACCACAAACUCUGUAUGAUACCUGGUCCAGUUGAGUUUCAUGAAGAUGUGCUUGAUGCAAUGUCUACUUUGUCAACAUCGCAUGUUUCGCCCGCUUUUAUACCAAUAUUCGGUGAAAGUAUUGAGCUUCUUCGUAAAGUGGUUUUGACCGCAAAAGGUCAACCAUUUGUUGUUGCCGGCUCCGGAACUUUAGGUUGGGAUAUGGUUGCUUCUAAUUUGGUUGAACCUAAUGAAGAUGUGCUGGUAUUGAAUUCCGGUUACUUCGGGGAUUCUUUUACUACCUGCCUCGAGACUUAUGGCGGAAAGGUAACGCAAGUAAAAGCACCAAUUGGCGAUAAACCAUCACUUCAGGAAAUCUCUGAAAUGCUCAAAACCAAAUUCUUCAAAGUAAUAACAAUCACCCAUGUAGAUACUUCUACUGGUGUUCUUUCCGAUGUCAAAUCGAUUGCCCAGCGAGUGAAAGAACAAUCGCCAAAUACACUUGUCAUUGUUGACGGUGUAUGUUCAGUAGGUGUGGAAGAGAUUCGUAUGGACGAGUGGGGUCUCGAUCUUGUGAUGACUGCUAGUCAAAAAGCUUUGGGCGUUCCACCAGGUCUUUCCAUUGUGAUUGCAAGCGAAAGAGCUAUUGAAACUUUCAAAAAACGCAAAACUCCCGUAAAAAGUUAUUACGCUUCAUGGGCUAAUUGGCUUCCGAUAAUGAAUGCAUAUGAAGCUCGUAAGGGUGCGUACUUUGCAACACCCCCGGUGCAAUUAAUAUACGCGUUAAAUACAAGUUUGAAACAAAUCACAUCUGUGCCACUCGAAAAACGAUUCGAGCAACACAAAAAAGUCAGUAAAUUCGUCAAAGACGCAAUUGAAGAGUUGGGAUUAAAAAUGCUUCCAAAAUCAAGAGACAUAGCCGCAAAUGGCAUGACCGCCGUUUAUUAUCCGGAGUCUUUGACCGCUGUAGAUCUUUUGCCUAAAGUCGCAUCCAAUAAUAUUGUCAUCGCUGGCGGAUUGCUCAAGACAAUUGCAUCAAAAUACUUUAGAAUUGGACAUAUGGGUAUUAGUGUAACGGAACCAGAUAGAAAACAUAUUCAAGAUACAGUCUCAGCUUUAAAAAUUAGUUUAAAGGAUUUGGGAUAUUCAGCUAAUUUAUAG